AGCCUUGGCCAUAGCUACACCUUGCACACUCAGCCAUGGGCGCGCUCCGGAGCUUCCUCCUCUCCUACCCGGAGAUCCUCCUGGCCGCGCUGUGCUUCCUCUCCUUUGCCGUCUUCCGCCUCGCGUUGCGCACGCGGCGGGGGCUCGCGCCGGUGAGCUGGCCCGUGGUGGGCAUGAUCCCGUUCGUGUUCGGGAACCUCGACCGCCUCCUCGACGCCACCACCGACGCGCUCCGCGAGUCCGGCUGCACGUUCAUGUUCCGCGGGCCGUGGCUCGCGCGCGCGGACCUCCUGGUGACGUGCGACCCUGCCGCCGUCCACCACUGCCUGGCCGCUAACCACGGGAACUACGACAAGGGCCGGGACUUCGCCGAGAUGUUCGACGUCGUCGGCGACGGGAUGCUGGUCGCGGACGCCGCGUCGUGGGCGCGCCAGCGGCUCGUGGCCGCCACCGUCUUCGGCACCCCCGCGUUCCGGUCUUUCGUGCUGUCUACCGUCCAGCGGCAGGCGGAGCGUCUGCUGGUGCCGUUCCUGGACCGCGCCGCCGCGGCCGCACGGGAGGUCGAGCUCGAGGACGUGUUCAUGCGGUUCUCGCUCGACGUGUCCUACGCCUCCGUGUUCGCCGCCGACCUCGACUCGCUGUCCAUAGCCGCAGCAGCGGCGCCGUUCCCACCGUUCGGCCAGGCGACCAGGGUGGCCAGCGAGGCCGUGCUGUUCCGGCACGUCGUGCCGGCGUGGUGGUGGAAGCUGCUGAGGUGGCUCAACAUCGGAAUCGAGAGGAGGCUGGCUGAGGCCAAGGCGGUGCUCGACGAGUUCGUCUAUCGCGAGAUCGCCAAGCGGAAGUCCCAGCCCCUCUCCGUCGCCGGAAGCCAAGGAGAAGGCGGCGACUUCCUGUCCAUGUACAUGGCUUGGCCGAGGGACCCCGGCAUGACCGACCGGCAGAGGGACCAGUUCCUCCGCGACGCCGCCGUUGGGUACAUGUUCGCGGCCAAGGACCUCAUCGCCGCCGCGCUCACCUGGUUCUUCUACAUGCUCUGCACGCACCCGCACGUCGAGGCCAAGAUCCUCAACGAGCUCAAGUCCCUGCACCCCACCGCCACCGUCAGAUCCACCGGUGGCGGCGAGCACGCCGUGUUCGACAGCGACACACUCCGUUCGGCGUCCUACCUCCACGCGGCGGUCCUCGAGACGUUGCGGUUGUUCCCUCCGGCACCGUUCGAGGAGAAGGAGGCGCUCGGCGAUGACGUUCUGCCGGACGGCACGAGAGUGGCCAAGGGCACGCCGGUCAUCUUCUGCAUAUACGCCAUGGGCAGAAUAGAGGGGAUAUGGGGCGGCGGCUGCCACGAGUUCCGGCCGGAGCGGUGGCUGUCCGGCAGCGGCCGAGUCCGACACGAGCCGAGCCACAAGUUCGCCGCGUUCAACUGCGGCCCGAGGAGCUGCCUCGGAAAGAAUCUGGGGCUCAGCAACCUCAAGAUCGCCGCAGCGGCGAUCAUAUACAAUUUCCGGGUGGAGCUCGUCGACGGCCAUGUCGUCGAGCCGCAGAACUCGGUGGUGCUCCACACCAAGAACGGGCUGAGGGUUAGAGUCAUGAGAAGGGAGGCAGCUUGAUGCAUUAUGCUACCAACUUGCUUCUAGCUUGGAGUAGAAAUACAAAGCCAAAUGAGAAAGCUGAAAAUAAAGAAGCGAACUGCAGUUUGUAGAUGGUUGAUUUCAUAUGUAUGUUUUUAUUCAGUUAAGAUUUGUAACCGGGUAUUAGCUAGAACACCAGUUACUUUCAGUUCAUGGGAUGGUGAUAGUGUACAAACAGUUUGGAAUUUAUGAAAUUUACAGAACAGAGAUAUGUGAGCUCCACGAGUGCACAACUGC